AAAGAUUGGUGGCGUCCACUUCGACUCUUCGAGGUGUACUACAGAGCUACCGUGCCGUGCGGUCCAACGAGUUUCCACUUGCUGAUUGGCCUGCUGCCGCUUCACAGUUUCUUCCCGAUCAGCUGGCUACGCGAUCCGAUGGCAAGAAAAGCCAAGCCUUGACGUGGAACGCGCGGUGUGUCGGUCGCCUGUCUCACCAAACCGGCGAGCGAGCAGGGAGGUCGUGGCGUGGCGCCGCAGGGCUCACGGUGCCGCCCGCCCCGACAAGCGGCGGCGCCCGUGCUCCCCCCCGCAGCCGCGCCUCUAAACUAAAUACAGCACCAGGCCCGGCACCGAGCGAGGCCAAGCCAGUCCCGCGGUGCGUCCGGUCCGGGGGAGUAGAGCCGACCGGCUCCGGCAGCGGGGAUGGCGGUGGAGAUCCCGUUGAUCGACCUGCGCCUGGCCGGCGCGGCGCCGGAGGAGUCCGCGCGCCUGCGGGCCGCGUGCGAGCGGCUGGGCUGCUUCCGCGUGACCGGCCACGGCGUGCCCGGGGGUCUCCUGGCCGAGAUGAAGGCCGCCGUGCGCGCGCUCUUCGACCUCCCCGACGACGCCAAGCGCCGCAACGCCGACGUCAUCCCCGGGAGCGGCUACGUCGCGCCCAGCGCCGCCAACCCGCUCUACGAGGCCUUCGGGCUCCUCGACGCCGCCGCGCCCGCCGACGUCGACGCCUUCUGCGCGCGCCUCGACGCGCCGCCGCACCUCAGGGAGACCGUCAAGGCCUACGCGGAGAAGAUGCACGACGUGAUCGUCGACGUCGCCGGCAAGCUGGCCUCCAGCCUUGGGCUGGCGGAGCACUCGUUCGAGGACUGGCCGUGCCAGUUCCGCAUCAACCGGUACAACUACACGCAGGACACGGUGGGCUCCUCCGGCGUGCAGACCCACACGGACUCGGGCUUCCUCACCGUGCUCCAGGAGGACGAGUGCGUCGGCGGCCUCGAGGUGCUGGACCCGGCCACCGGCGAGUACGUGCCCGUCGACCCCGUCGCCGGCUCCUUCCUCGUCAACAUCGGCGACGUCGGCACGGCGUGGAGCAACGGGAGGCUGCACAACGUGAAGCACCGGGUGCGCUGCGUCGCGCCGGUGCCGCGCAUCUCCGUCGCCAUGUUCCUCCUCGCGCCCAAGGACGACAGGGUGAGCGCGCCGGAGGCGUUCGUGGACGCGGACCACCCGCGCCGCUACAGGGAGUUCAACUACGACGACUACAGGAGGCUCCGGCUGUCCACCGGCGAGCGCGCCGGCGAGGCGCUCGCCCGGUUGGCGGCGUGACGUGGGCCACGCGGCCGGCUGCAAAUUGGGAGCUGUUGAUUACUCCUAUACACUAGUGCUACUCCGUAUCGGCUGUCUCGUUGACCCGUUGUGAAUUGGUAUGGAGAAGAAGGAUUGGCAAUUAUGUCGCCAUGUGAUUUGGUAUGGAGUCUUGAUCAAUAAAAUCUCGUGUCAUUUGAAAGUCGCA